AACUUAAAUUCAUUGUGAUAAAAAGGAUUGUUUGUGGUGUAAUUUAACUAAUUAAUUGAAUUAUAAAUAUUGGCCCAUCUAUCAAUAUUAAAAAAAUUGAAAAAUAUAAUAAAAAAAUUAAAAAUAAUAUGAAAUAAAGGACCAAUGGUAAGGAGGACAAAGGGGAAAUGAAAACCGGGCAAUUGAAGAGAGAAAAACCGAAGGCCAAUGUGCAUGGUAGUUAGCGUAGCCUCACUCACACGUCUGAUUCUGUUGAAGAAGAUAUGGAAAAUUCUUCACCGUACACUCCUCCUAAUUCUUCGCUGCAACAUGCUCUUCUUUCUUCUCUCCCUUCUCUUGUGGAUCUCUACCUUGGACUCAUUCUUUGCUUUCCAUUUUCUCUCUAUCUUUCUUUCAUUUCAUUCGUUCUUUCUUUCUUUCUUUCUUUCUUUCUUUCUUUCCACCAACUUUUCAAGAUUCUUGACACCCAAUAACAACAACAACUACUAUGGAGGAUAGAAUUGAAGAAGACGAGGACCGAGAAGCUUUGGCGGGGCUAAGUCAAGUCCCACCGCCUAAUCGCAGGAUGCAUUCCUACAGCCAACAGCUACGUAGCAACUCUGGCCAGAAGAAACACAACAAACUCAGAAAACAUAGCCUCGAUAACAUCCCACACCCUGUUUCUGAACGCUACUUGGACUCUUCCGAUGAUGACUACUUGCCGUAUUCAUCCCCUUCCCUCUCCUCCUCUACAUAUAAAACUGUUGGUGGGAGUGGUGGUGAUGAGAUGCUCCAGCAGAGGCUCGAUUUGAGCCUCACCGUUGAGGGUCCUCCCGAUGAUGUUCGGCAAACCCAAUUGCCGGAAUUCAUUGCAAGUGGAGGGACGGGAAUCUUCAAGGCUCCAAACCGUGCAGCGGUCCAUCCUGGACGUCCUACAUGUCUGGAGCUCAGACCUCACCCUCUUAGAGAAACCCAGGUGGGUAAAUUCUUGAGGAACAUUGCUUGUACGGAGACGCAGUUGUGGGCUGGUCAGGAGAGUGGAGUCAGGUUUUGGAGCUUUGAGAAUGCGUACGACCCUGGGUGUGGGCUAGGGGGAAGAGUGAGAAGGGGUGAUGAGGAUGCAGCGCCGUUUCAUGAGUCCGCAAACACGUCGCCCACCAUGUGUUUGAUAGCUGAUGGUGGGAAUAGGCUGGUUUGGAGUGGACACAAGGACGGAAAGAUCAGGUCUUGGAGAAUGGAUCAACCAUUGGAUGAUAAUGCCCCUUUCAAGGAAGGAUUAUCAUGGCAGGCUCAUAAAGGUCCCGUUCUUUCUAUAGUAAUGAGUACUUAUGGUGAUCUUUGGUCUGGUGGUGAAGGAGGUGUUAUUAAGAUCUGGCCAUGGGAAUCCAUUGAAAAGUCUCUUUCUCUUUCACCUGAGGAAAAGCACAUGGCUGCUUUAUUGGUGGAGAGGUCAAAUAUUGACCUUAGAAGUCAAGUCACUGUAAAUGGUGCCUGUAGUAUAUCUUCUUCGGACGUGAAGUGCUUGUUAUCGGAUAAAGUUAGAGCUAAAGUGUGGUGUGCUCAGUCUAUGUACUUCUCCCUAUGGGAUGCUCAUACAAAGGAGCUUCUGAAAGUAUUCAAUAUUGAUGGUCAAAUUGAAAACCGAGUUGACCUGUCAUCAGCACAGCCACCAGAUCAGCCAGUUGAAGAUGAGAUGAAGGUAAAAUUUGUUUCCACAUCAAAAAAGGAGAAAUCACAGGGCUUUUUGCAACGUUCACGAAAUGCCAUAAUGGGAGCUGCAGAUGCUGUACGUCGAGUUGCCACUAGGGGAGCAACGGCAUUUGUAGAAGAAACCAAGAGAACAGAAGCACUGGUGUUAACUUUAGAUGGAAUGAUAUGGAGUGGAUGUUCUAAUGGCCUCCUUGUGCAGUGGGAUGGAAAUGGAAAUCGUUUGCAAGAUUUUACUCACCAUUCUUCCACUGUUCAAUGUUUCUGCACUUUUGGAACAAGAAUAUAUGUGGGAUAUGCGAGCGGCAUUGUCCAAGUAUUGGAUCUUGAGGGAAAUCUUAUUGCAGUAUGGGUUGCUCAUAGUAAUCCUGUGAUAAAAAUGGCAGUAGGGAAUGGUUAUAUUUUUAGCUUGGCUACUCAUGGAGGUAUACGUGGAUGGAACCUCACAUCUCCAGGACCUCUAGACAAUAUAAUACGAUCAGAAUUAGCACAUCAAGAAGUGGUAUACACAAGACGAGACAGUUUCAGAAUUUUAGUUGGCACAUGGAAUGUUGGUCAAGGAAGAGCUUCUCACGAUGCACUUAUGUCAUGGUUGGGUUCUGCUGUGUCAGAUGUUGGCAUUGUUGUUGUUGGGUUGCAAGAGGUAGAGAUGGGUGCAGGUUUUCUUGCAAUGUCUGCUGCCAAAGAAACUGUAGGACUUGAAGGGAGCUCUAUUGGGCAGUGGUGGCAGGACACCAUAGGGAAGGCAUUAGAGGAGGGAACAACUUUUGAACGUAUGGGUUCUAGGCAGCUUGCAGGCUUACUUAUAUCUCUUUGGGUAAGGAAGAAUCUUAGAGCACAUGUUGGGGAUGUUGAUGCUGGAGCAGUUCCAUGUGGCUUUGGACGUGCUAUUGGUAAUAAGGGAGGUGUAGGUUUGAGGAUCAGAGUUCUUGACCGGAUAAUAUGCUUUGUGAACUGUCACUUGGCCGCACAUCUGGAAGCAGUCAAUCGUCGCAAUGCUGAUUUUGAUCAUAUUUAUAGAAAUAUGGCUUUCAGCCGGUCAUCAAACCUUACAUCAGCUGGUAUGGUGCGACUCCUGUUUUUGUGUUGCUCUCUUGCCUUCUCCACAUAUUUAUUCUGGCUAUUUUAUAUUUCUGGCUUGCCAUUGGUCCUAUCUAUUGCAGCUGGUGUCUCAACGGCCACUCAAGCGCAUAAGGGUACAAAUGCUGUGAAUGCCAACUCUGAAGACACGAAGCAUGAUUUAUCUGAGGCAGAUAUGGUUGUGUUUCUUGGUGAUUUUAAUUACCGGCUUUUUGGUAUAUCUUAUGAUGAAGCAAGGGAUUUUGUUUCACAAAGAAGCUUUGAUUGGCUUAGAGAAAAGGAUCAACUCAGAGCAGAAAUGAAAGCAGGAAAAGUUUUCCAAGGAAUGCGUGAGGCUCUCAUUAGAUUCCCUCCUACCUACAAGUUUGAAAGAAACCAACCAGGUUUAGGAGGAUAUGAUUCUGGGGAGAAAAAGCGCAUUCCUGCUUGGUGCGAUAGGAUAAUAUAUCGUGACAAUCGGGUAGCUUCAGUGUCUGAUUGCAGCUUAGAGUGUCCUAUAGUCGCAUCAGUUGUACAGUAUGAGGCUUGCAUGGAUGUCACAGAGAGUGAUCACAAACCUGUGCGUUGCAAAUUCAAUGUCCAAAUUGCCCAUGCUGACAGAUCAGUGAGGAGACAAGAGUUUGGGGAAAUUAUUAGAUCUAAUGAGAAAGUCAGGUCUUUGCUUGAAGAAUCACGUUAUGUUCCAGAAACUGCUGUAAGCACUGAUAACGUUGUCUUGCAGAACCAGGAUACAUGCAUUCUGCGUAUUACAAACAAGUGCAUCAAGGAAAAAGCUGUAUUCAACAUUAUUUGUGAAGGUCAAUCCACUGUCAAGGAUGAUGGAGAAGAGCCAGAUUACCGUCCAAGAGGUUCCUAUGGCUUUCCACGAUGGCUUGAGGUGACACCGGCUGCUGGUAUAAUUAAACCUGAUCAGUAUGUAGAGGUAUCAGUACAUCAUGAAGAGUUCCAUACCCUAGAAGAUUUUGUUGAUGGCAUCCCACAAAACUGGUGGUGUGAAGACACACGUGAUAAGGAAGUGAUUUUAGUUGUGAUUGUCCAAGGAGGUAGCUCAACAGAAAUGAAAAGUCACAGAAUCCAUGUCCGUCACUGCUUCUCAGCUAAGGCAGUUCGCCUUGAGUCAAAAUCAAACAAUGCUAGAAAAAACCAGGGAGGAGCAGUUAACCGAUCAGAACUCGGUCAAUUAAGCAGUUCUUCUGAUAAAGGCGAUGAUCAUCGAAAUUCGCGUAAAUCUUGAAGCUAAAAUUGAAGGCUGAUAGAUAUAGAUGCAUCUUGAUGUAAAUAUUCUUGAGGCAUGAUCUCCUUCUCACUCAUUUCUGGACAGGUCCAAUUUGUUUGUUCUCAUGUAUUUAUCUUUGUAGUUUCAGUGAAUUUAUGAUUCUUGAUGAGCAGUUUUUGGAAAGACUGCAAUAGAUAUGCCUGAGCUUCA